AUGCACUAUCAAGCACCCGUUUUCAUCUAAAAUAUCACUUACCAACCACAAUUCAGCUAUAACCCACAAUUCUUGCUACCUGAUCACUAUUCGAAGAUUUUUAAUAGUUUUACUAAUGCAAACAGCUAUCCAAUGAGAUAGCCAAUGCAAGAUUAAGAAUUUUUCGGUUCGAAAAAGACCAGUAGCCAAUGUGAUGAUCUAGCUGACCUUAAAUGUGGAAUCAAAGUGAUAAAGAACUCUCAGUCAAUAACUUAAACCAUGACAAUGAACACAGCAAGCACAUUAUCAAAUCUAUCUUUGAUUUCGGAAAAGCCUAGCAAUCAAAUUUCGAAGUCAACUUAGAAAAUUUUUCGUGUAAAUCUUGACGAAAAAUAUUUGAACACCAUUAAUAUAAACACCGAACUAGAUGAGGGGAUUCCGGAAAAUAGUCUUUAAGGGUCCGAUGAAGUCUCAGACAACAACCAAACUUCUUCUUCGGAUUCACAAUACAUAAAUAGACGCCGCUAAAAGUAGUCCUAUAAAUGCCUCAUUGUACCGAAUACUAAUAAGGGUCACUCUCACGCAGAUCCACUUGGUUGUUUGAGGAGCGAUGUUUUAUAUAAGACGAUUAUUCGUGAUAUGAGAAAAUUCUACACAGCGGUCUUCAACGAUGAGACCAAGUACAUAAAAAGAAAGAGAUACAGAUCAGCUGAUUACUAUGUGUCUUGCCUCCGCCUGUAUAUUAGCCAACAGUUCCCAGAGUUCAUUUAAACUCAAGAUAUUUCCGGACCUAUCAAUUAAGAGGAACGAACGGACAUCAACGAAUAAUUAUUAUUCCUCGGAUGUCUCAUUUAUCCAAAAGAUUUUCAGGAGGCACAGAAGUACAUUAAAGAACAGUAGAACAUGUCAGAUAUAACCGAAUCUGAGCCAACAAAGUACGAGAUCUUGCAUGCAUACAUGUAUAGCUUCAGUUUGGAAAAAUUUCAUGCUCUCGUUAACCUAGAUCAUUUUUCAUAUUUCUAUUGCUUCUACUUUGAGCAAUAAAUCAUAAAAAAUGACAGAAUUAAAUAGAAAGACUCAAUGAAUAAGCACUCAGAGUAAUAUAUCGAGGCUUGUAAUAUCAUAUUGAAGCUUUGUAAAAAAAGCCUAUCAAAGAAACUCAAGAUUUUACCAGAUUAAGACAAAAAUUUGAAACUAAGACAGAGAAUAUAAAGAUACAUCGAUAUGGAAUAAAAACAGAAAAUUGAAAGCCCUUUCGUCAUAGAAAAGACUAAUGACCAUCUACUUAGUAGGAAAAUCGAUAAACCAAUUUUUUUACUAGAAAAUACUACAACUUUGAAACCUUCCUCUAGCUCUCUUGAGUAAGAAAGCUCUGCCAGGGAAGAUAACUUGACUCCAUUUUUAAUAGAAUCCUAAAAUUGA